AUGCUGCCAUCAAAAUUGCACUUUGGUCUACUUUUCCUGCUGAUCUCCAUCUGCGUCGCUCUCUCGCCCGAUUACCUCAAGAUGAUAUCCGCGCCUCCCGUCGAUCCCUGUUACGACGACGAUCGCCCAAAAAAAUGCAUUCCCGACUUCGUAAACGCCGCAUUCGGGAUUCCUGUCAAAGCCUCAUCCACUUGUGGCCAGAAAGGACCCCAAAGUUAUUGCAACAACAACAUCGCCACGGAUCCAUCUUACGACUCGAAUUGCUUUGUGUGCGACGAAAAUGACCCACGACGUCGGUAUCCUGCUGCUGCCUUGACUGACGUCAACAAUUCGAACAAUGUAACGUGUUGGCGCUCCGAACCCUUGGCUGACACCGUGAACAAUGACAAUGUCACUCUUUUACUUUCGCUCGGGAAAAAAUUCGAACUGACUUAUAUCACGUUAACCUUUUGUCCGGGCGCCGUGAAACCCGAUUCCCUGGCAAUUUACAAAAGCACGGAUUAUGGCAGGACCUUUUCGCCGUUUCAGUUUUACAGUUCGCAAUGUCGUAAAAUCUAUGGGAAGCCAAAUCGCGCGAUGAUUACGAGAAAUAACGAACAAGAAGCUCGUUGCACGGAUUCGCAUCGACAUUUGGGAGAUGCCACGGGAAUUUCGGGGUCUCGGAUUGCUUUUAGUGUGUUAGAUGGGCGUCCGAGUGCCACAGAUUUCGACUCUUCAGUAGUUUUGCAAGACUGGGUCACAGCUACGGACAUUAAAGUUGUGUUCCAUCGACUGCAUAUGCCACAGCAGGUCGAAACGACGGAAGAAAUGACCGGGAUGCGAUACAAUGUGAACGAAAAUACGGACAACGAUGAUGACGAUGGCAACAGCAUUGACUCGUUUACCACUUCAACGACAAUUGUGGGACCCACGCAUCAGUAUGCGGUGUCAGAUUUUGCGGUUGGAGGACGUUGUAAGUGCAAUGGGCAUGCAUCCAAGUGUUCGUUGGGACGCGAUGGACAGCUGGCAUGCGAUUGUCGACACAAUACCGCGGGAAAAGAUUGCGAAACGUGCAAACAAAACUACUUUGAUCGACCAUGGGGACGUGCGACGGCACGAGAAGUCAACGAAUGUAAAAUGUGCAACUGUAACGGGCAUGCAAGACGAUGUCGCUUCAACAUGGAAUUGUACAAAUUAUCAGGAAGACAAUCCGGCGGCGUUUGUUUGGCUUGUCGGCAUUUCACCACAGGACGUCAUUGUCACUAUUGCAAAGAAGGAUAUUAUCGGGAUCCAACUAAGCCGAUCAUGAGCAAGAGUGUUUGCAAACCAUGCGAUUGUCAUCCAAUUGGAUCAUCGGGCAAAACAUGCAACCAUACGUCAGGUCAAUGUCCAUGCAAAGACGGUGUCACGGGACUCACUUGUAAUCGAUGUAUGCGAGGCUAUCAGCAGACAAAUUCACAUAUUGCUCCAUGUAUCAAAAUUCCUCGAGUAAUAGGAAUGCAAAGCGAUACAGACCCACAAGUGUAUCAACAGGAUCCCGAUGCUUCGUCCUACGCCUAUUCUGAUGAGAAUGAUGAUAACGACGACGAUGAGGAUGAUGAUGAGGAUGAAUGCAAGGAAUGCAAAUUGGCACCUAAAAGACUCAAUUUGAACAAGUUCUGUAAGCGUGAUUACGCAAUCAUGGCACGCGUUGUUGGUCGUGAAACGGCAACAGCCAUCAAGAGCGCAAACAGUCGUGAACAGGCAUCAAACAGAAAUCGCGGCGACGUGGCAGAUAUGGUAAAAUUCAACUUAAUAAUUCAGCAGAUAUUCAAGAGGACUGAUGAUGGACCGUUAGCGGAUGCUGUCAAACGAACGCCCAUAACGAUGAUGAUUUCGCUGAAAGAUUUGCAAUGCCAAUGUCCGAAGAUUAAAAUGAACAAAUCUUAUCUCAUUCUUGGCAAAGACGACGAUGGCACAGACACAACGCUCGGCUUAAGCGAUCGCUCAAUAUUCAUCGAAUGGAAAGACGACUGGCAACGAAAACUGCAGCAAUUUAAGCGACAGAGUUCCAGGGCUUGUGAUUCCGGCUAUUAAACUAAAUUUUAAAAAAUUUUCCCCAAAAAAAACUUUUUGUCCAUAUCAGCAUUUAUUGUUAUUUUACAGAAAGAGCCAUAUCAUUUACCAAAAAAAAAAAAAAGUAAAAACGAAAAAAAGACAAAUAAAAUUUUAACAAGGGAUUGAAUCCAACCACAUAAAAAUACUAACUAUAUACGAGACAAGUGUUUGACAGGA